UCCACCGAGUUGUUGAUCAGGAAAUUGCCCUUCCAGCGUCUGGUUCGUGAAAUCGCGCAAGAUUUCAAGACGGAUCUUCGUUUCCAGAGCGCGGCCAUCGGUGCUCUCCAGGAGGCUUCCGAAGCAUACUUGGUCGGUCUUUUCGAAGACACCAAUCUCUGCGCCAUCCACGCCAAGCGGGUAACCAUUAUGCCCAAAGACAUCCAGCUGGCUCGACGAAUUCGUGGUGAACGUGCCUAAGCCUCGAAUUACAGACUACUCUUUAUUUUCGCAUUAUUCUUAUACUCUGAAGCAUUGAUGUUUUUACUGCACUAUGCAGUUGAUAUAAUUUCAGAUGAGUUGUUUUCUCAAAAAAGUUUUUAUUAUUAUUCGCACUGCCAACUACUUGAAAAUUAAUCCCAGACGAAAACUCCUAAAGACUAGAAAAUUCCGCGAUCUAGUCGCAAAGCGUUCUACUUAAAAGUUUUUUUUUUUAUGUUAUAUGAAUUUAAAGUCCCGAUCUACUUCCAAAUAGAUGUUGAUUUUCGUUCAAUCGCGAUGCGAAAACAGUGAUUUUUAAUCGGCGGAUGAUUCGAUCGUGAUUCGAUUCAAACUUCUGCUUUGUGAGUUAUUAAGAAUUGCUCUUUCAUUGUGAUACGUCCUCUAUUAUAACCCGGAAGGAUCGUUUUUUAAACUUACAUUUAGCGAUUAGAGAUGAUUCUUAUGUACAAAUAGAGUAAUUAAUUUGUAUUUUUUUCGUAGUAUAGGUUGUAUCGUAGUAAACCGUAGAUAGCGUGAUUUUCGAUUUCCGUUUUCACUAUUUAGAUGAUUAGUGUACUUUUUUAGAUGAAGUAAUCGUUUAUGUUCACCUAAGAAUCUACAAAAGUUAAAUUCAGACGAUUUUCUCAUGAAAUAAAUACUGCCUGAGAUAAUCGACUAGUAGAACUUUAGUAGAUUUUUGAGGUGCUUAGGUUCUAGAGUCGCACACGUGUAGCUCAGUAUUUUUUUAACAGAGAUACUGGGAAAUGCAAAAGGUUUACAGUAUUUCUGUCUGAUUUUACGACGUAUUUUGUAUUUUUUUCGUUUUCAUAUUUACUCGUCCAUUCUGAAAAUCGAAUUUUCGUUCAACAAUCCAUUUGUUAUUUGCAACUUGCGUUAAUUAUUCUUUUGACUUGUAGUAAAUCGCAAAUGUAUUAAUGUGUCGUCCAUCCCUUAUUUUACUUAUGACGAUUUAAAAAGAUUAUACGUGAAUUGACGUACACAAUUAUUACUGAUAGAUUUUGAAUUUUAUUUUUGAUGUGUACGCGGACAGAAAAGGUGUUGUAAAAAAUGUACACAAAAAAGUUUGUUAAUUGCCCGAAUUAAUAAAUCUGUUUAAAGGGGG